CGUGUUUGUUCAUAAAAUUUCAUAGUGUUAUGGUUUCCCAUGCAGGUAAAUAUGAUGUAUGAUCAUCCACAUCUUGACCAUUUCACCUCAACAACGUACUGUUUCAGCCCCGACCUGGGACCUCUGAAAGGAGCCCAGGGCUCCUUUCAGCCCUGGACCGGCACCGCAGGUUGGAAUGCUCGGGGCGGUCCCGUGAAGGCCGACCACGCAGUGGCCGUGCCCGUGGUCACCAAGCGGACCUCCUCGCACACCACGGCGACGACUGCCACGUCCAAGAAGGGUAGUGGCAGUGGAGAAGUCGAGGAGGACUCAGGAACACCCCUGUCCGCCCGCGGGAGCAAUACGAAUACCAACCUCUUGCGCCGGGUCUGCGUGAUGCCUGAGAAGCAGCGCGCGCAGACGCCCAGUGCUGGGCGGUGCACCACCUCGAGCGGCGACAGCCUGGGCCGCGUGAGCCGCGCGUCGCUCCCGGCGGGCGGUGCGCACCAGGCCUGCCGAAGCUUAGGACAGGCUGAGCGUGGAGAGAUCCUGGGCGGUGAGGCCACCGAGACGGUGGGCGACGCGUCGGGCCGCCGACCGCAGCGGGAUUCCUUCGAGGCCAUCCUCAAGGAUGACAUGAGUGAUGGCCGACCCAGCACUAGCACGACUCUGUCAGGGAGUUCACUGGAUGACUACAUCGUGGGGAAACAGAUCGGGCAAGGAGCGUAUGCCACGGUCGCCUUCGGACUGCACAAAGAGACCAGCAAGAAGGUGGCAAUCAAGAUCUACGAGAAGUACAAGCUAUUGGACCCCCAGCGCCGAAAGGGAGUGCGGGGCGAAAUUCGGUUGAUGGAACGCUUAAGGCAUCCAAACAUUGUGGAGUUUCACGAGGCACUGGACACGCCCAAACAAAUCUAUCUCAUCAUGGACUUUGUGAGUGGCGGCUCUCUACAUCAUUUUCUCAAGAAGCGCCCCAAUCGUCGAACUGAUGACCCCCUGGCGAAGCGUUUAUUCUUCCAGGUGUGUCAGGGCAUCAAAUACUUGCACGACCGCCACAUUGUGCACCGGGACGUGAAGUUGGAGAAUCUCCUACUCGACGAGCAUGGCACCGUGAAGAUCAUCGACUUCGGCUUCAGCACCAUCGUGCCGCCGGGGAAGAAGCUCAAGGUCUUCUGUGGAACGCCUUCCUACAUGGCCCCAGAGAUUGUGGCCAGGAAGGAGUACACAGGCUUCUGUGCCGAUAUCUGGGCCAUGGGCGUCCUUUUGUACGCUCUGCUCUGUGGCAGCUUCCCCUUCCGCGGUCAGAAUGACCGCGACCUCUACCGAAAGAUCGUCCGUGGUGUCUUCCACAUCGCCGACUUUGUGGGAGAAGGCGCCAAGAGCAUGGUGAACCGCGCCUUGACCACGGACAUGCUGCGCCGCCCCAGCGUCGACGACUUGUUGGCGGAUGCCUGGCUCUCGGCACACCGCGAGGAGGGCGCCGCCAGUAAGCCGGUCUACCAGCCGAACAGCUCCACCACUUCCAGUCUCACCACCUGUGCGCCCAGCAGCGGCACCGAGCACUCUCCGCGGAGCGCGAACGGCAGCGCGGCGCACAGCCUGGCGGCGCGGAACGGCUCCGCGCCCCCGCCGGCGCCGCACCUGGACGCGCCCAAAGGGGCCACCAUGCAGGCGCGAGAGGUCAAGGAGGAGAAGGAUGUGGCGCGAACGCCCACUCAGGUGUCGGAAGCGACGAUCACCGAUGAGCGCUACAACCGACGAGUGGAGGAGGAAGCCAUUAGCAAGCUGGAGAGGCUUGGAUACCCUCGAGAGGAGAUCGUGCGGCAGCUCAAAGACCCGUCGUCACACCUAUGCAAGCUAUAUCACCGCUUCCUGAAAGCCCUCACCGCUUGGGACUCCAAAAAGUGAUCCAAGAACAGGGUAGCCCCGAAGCCCCGAGCCCCCAGAACCGUGCUGGCUGGCUGUUGGGCA